CCCAUCAAGAAAGCACACCAGAAUUCCUCUCUGGCUGCAAACCCGUAUUGUUAGCACCCCAUUUUCAAUCAUGAUGAGUUGUACGGUGAAGUGUUUGAUGCUCCCCAUGGUGCUGCUGUUUGUGUGGCGACUACAGGAAGUAGCCCAAGCCUGCUCGUGUAUACGUGAGCAUCCGCAGAUGUCGUUUUGCCAAGCAGACGUCGUCAUCAAGGCAACGGUGCUGGCAAGGAAGGAUGUUGGUGGCUUUGACAAACCCAGGAUGUAUACCAUCAAACAGGACAAGAUGUUCAAGGGUCCUAACAGGGAUUUUGAUGUCAUCUGCACUGCAGCCUCCUCUGCAGCCUGUGGGGUGAAUCUGAACAAUGGUGUACAAUAUCUUCUGUCAGGCAGACUGGCACCUGAUGGGUCUCUGCAUGUUGGACUGUGUAACUUCUUUGCACCCUGGGACAGCCUGAGUACCUGCGAAAAGACCAACUUUAUAUAUCGCUAUCGUAAGGGCUGUGAUUGCAAGAUCACUCCCUGCUACGCCGUCCCGUGCAGGAUCACCACCCCAGCUGAGUGCUUAUGGACCGACUUCCUGACAAACACGGGCGAAAUGGAGCAGACCAGACAUUCCGCUUGUCUGAAGAGAAGCGAUGGUUCUUGUGCCUGGUUCAAGGAGAACGCCUCGCCCAAACAGGGCGUCAAGGACUCUCAAAGGGGUUAAAUGUCACCAUGCAGAAGAUGUCAAAUUACAAAUAAAUGGCUUUUCUCAGAAAGCAA